AUGAAUGUAAAUAAGGGAUCAUCUGAUCAAAAUGAUAGAUCUGUAAUUACCAAAUCUAAGGAUAAGCUUCAGGUCAAAAAGACUGACUUCAACGCAGAUAGCUAUGACGAUCACUUCGAGGAAUCAGACUACCAGGACAUUUCUUGCAGCGACGACAGUAGCGAUAAUGAAGAAGAAAUAGAAGAUUUCGUACGAAGAGGUCAAACCGAAACCGAUGAAAUCUUUGAUGGAAAUUCCUCAGAGAUUUCAGAAUCUGACAGCGCUGUUGCUGAUGAUUCAGUAUCAGAAGAAGAAAUAAAUGGUAGUAACGUACAAAUAGAAGCCUUCAACAUGGAAGAAGAACUGAAAAAUGGGACCGUAGACAAGGUAGGGAAUGCUACGGGAAAAACUAUAAAUGAUGAUUUUGAAAAUGAGGACCAAUGGAUCCAAGACUUUUCUUCGAAGGAGUCAAUUAAAAGGGCAAGAGAAGCUCAUGAAAAUAGCCAAACUCUACAACGGAAGAAGAGGGCUAGGAUGUUAUACAGACUAGAAGAAGUUCUCGAACAAUUGUACUAUUUUGUACCGAGAGGGAAGACAAUUCAAGAAGCAUUGAUUUUGCUUCAACAACUACGGAAAAGUUUACCAAAAGAACAUAAGGAACGUACAAAAUACAUUGCGAACGCAAUACAGAUCAUUCUAACUUUAGUAAAUGUGCUGGAACAGAAGGGUAUAGACAAUCCCAUGCAAUUGCAGAAAGAAGGAAUAAGGGAGUUAUAUGAUGAAGAAAAUCUCAUGGGAUCAACAAUUGACGACGUUGAAAGUAAAAACUGGGUCUUCAAAUGGUUUGCAGACUUUGAAACGGCUCAUGAAUCAUUUUCAAACUACGAAAUGCAAACCUGGAAGGAAAAAUACUUCAACAGUAGUGUUGUGGUAAAGAGAAAAUGUGACACUGAUGAAACUGACCAUUGGUAUCAUGUUGAUUGUAUUUACUUUAUGUAA